CAAAGCUUUCGGAAAUAGAAACAAAGUUGGUCACAAAUCACAUUGGCUUUGCCCGAAGUUUUUUUUCACCUUUCUUUAGCAUGCGACCAUGGGGAAAGUGACCGCUCGUGUCAGUGGGGGAAGUCAGGGUGGUUUAGUGCCCAGGGAACGGCUGUAACUUCUACGUGACCAUGGUACCUGUUGAAAACGCAGAGGCCCCCAGUCUGCUGAAACCGAAGGGGCCAGCAGCCGAGACUGAUGGCAGCGACAGAGACAGCGGCGGCCGGCAUCCUCCCUGGGCGAGAGGUUGCGGUAUGUUUACUCUCCUGUCAUCUGUCACGGCUGCUGUCAGUGGCUUCCUGGUGGGGUAUGAACUUGGGCUCAUCUCUGGGGCUCUUCUGCAGAUAAGAACCUUGUUAGCCCUGACCUGCCACGAGCAGGAAAUGGUUGUGAGCUCCCUCCUCAUCGGGGCCCUACUGGCCUCUCUCAUCGGAGGGGUCCUGAUUGACAGGUGCGGAAGAAGGGCUGCCAUCAUCCUUUCAUCCUGCCUCCUUGGACUUGGGAGCCUGGUCUUGAUCAUCAGUUUAUCUUAUGCGGCUCUCAUAGCGGGACGCAUUGCUAUUGGGGUUUCCAUUUCACUCUCUUCCAUCGCCACGUGUGUCUACAUCGCAGAAAUUGCUCCCCAACACAAGAGAGGCCUUCUUGUGUCGCUGAACGAGCUGAUGAUCGUCAUUGGCAUCCUUUUUGCCUACAUUUCAAACUACGCGUUUGCCAAUGUUUCCCAUGGCUGGAAAUACAUGUUCGGCCUUGUUAUUCCCUUGGGAGUUUUGCAGGCGAUUGCGAUGUACUUUCUUCCUCCAAGUCCUCGGUUUCUGGUGAUGAAGGGACACGAGGAAGCUGCUAGCAAGGUUCUCGGAAAGCUGAGAGCCAUCUCCGAUACAACGGAGGAACUCACUGUGAUCAAAUCUUCCCUGAAAGAUGAAUAUCAGUACAGUUUUGGGGAUCUGUUUCGUUCAAAGGACAACAUGAGGACCCGAAUCAUGAUAGGCUUAACAUUGGUAUUUUUUGUACAAAUCACUGGUCAGCCAAACAUAUUAUUCUAUGCAUCCACUGUUUUGAAGUCCGUCGGCUUCCAGAGCAACGAGGCAGCCAGCCUCGCCUCCACAGGGGUUGGGGUUGUCAAGGUCCUCAGCACCAUCCCGGCCACCCUGCUUGUAGACCAUGUCGGGAGCAAAACCCUCCUCUGUGUCGGCUCCUCUGUGAUGGCAGCUUCGUUGGUAACCAUGGGCAUCGUGAAUCUCAACAUCCAUAUGAACUUUACCAAUAUCUGCAGAAACCAUAGUCCUAUCAACCAGUCUUUGGAUGAGUCUGUGCUCUAUGGACCAGGGAACCUGUCAGCCAGCAAUGACACUCUUAGAGAAUCCUUUAAAAGGAUGGCUUCCCGCAGCAGAAACUCACUAAGGCCCACGAGAAAUGACCUGGAUAAGAGAGGAGAAACGACCUUGGCAUCCUUAUCGAAUGCUGGACUAAGCCAAACUGAGUACCAGGUCAUCACAGACCCUGCGGACGUCCCAGCUUUUUUGAAAUGGCUGUCCUUGGCCAGCUUGCUUGUUUAUGUUGCUGCAUUUUCAAUUGGUCUAGGACCAAUGCCCUGGCUGGUGCUGAGUGAGAUUUUUCCUGGUGGAAUUCGAGGACGAGCCAUGGCUCUAACUUCUAGCAUGAACUGGGGCAUCAAUCUCCUCAUCUCUCUGACCUUUUUGACUGUGACAGAUCUCAUUGGCCUGCCAUGUGUGUGCUUUAUAUAUACAAUUAUGAGUCUAGCAUCUCUGGUUUUUGUUGUUGUGUUUAUACCCGAAACAAAGGGAUGCUCUUUGGAACAAAUAUCAAUGGAGCUGGCAAAAGAGAACUAUGUGAAAAACAAUAUUUGUUUUAUGAGUCAUCACCAAGAGGAAUUAGUGCCAAAACAGCUUCAAAAAAGAAAACCCCAAGAUCAGUUCUUGGAGUCUAAAAAGCUACGGGGUAGGGGACAGCCAAGGCAGCUUUCUCCAGAGACCUAAUGGCCUCAAAACCUUACAACUGUUGACACAGUAUGAGAACAUUUAGGGUGUCUUCCUACCAAUACAUAUUGGCCACUCCCAUGUUUUCUCUUCAGUAUCACAGAGCUAGUUUAAAAGGGACACCCUGAAAUUAUAGAGACAAUCUUUAAUCUCUACCCGCCCAAAAGGAACCAUGAAAGGUAGGUGAGGAACAAGGUCCCAAGUGAUCCCUUUCUUACUCUGAGCAGAAUACCAGGUUAAAAAAUAAUACCGGUUGGUUAUCUUCCACCUUCUUCACAGAGCAGCCUUUGAAAGACUAUGAACUAGUGACGAGAAUAACUUUUACCUUAAGGUUUGUAUGCAUAGAGGCCAGUUGCGGCUUUAUCAUUAAGACACAGAAGCUGUCUGAACAUAAGCUUAUGGUUUUUUGCCUACCUACCAAGACACUACCUGCACUGGGUCUUGUGUAAAAAAGAACCAGGACACAAUGUGGACAACUGCAAACAUGUUCUAGGUUAGGAUAGGGUCCUGGUUAGGAUUUUAGCGAUCAAUUUCUAAUUACAGUUCAACAAGGAUAAAGAUUAUACAUCCUAUUUUAUGAAUAAUGAACUACAAUGUAAUUCAAAAUAUCCUUUUAUGAAUUUGGUAUUAGUAUUAUAAAAUAUUAAGAGAAACAACUCUGCAAUAGUUGAGAAAAAUAAGCAUUUUCCAUCCAUUUUAAAAAAAUACGGCUAGAAAGGACAAUUUCAAAAUCCUGGGACCAUAUUUAUUUAGAAGUAGCUGUUAGUAAAACACGAGAAAAGGAGUCAAGCCAGUAGGUUAUUUAUCCAAAUCUGUCAGUAGUUAGGUCUGAGUUACUAGGUCAAGCUUACACAGUUCUCUCUUUGUAAGGCUUUCCUGAUACCUUAACAGCGAUCCAUAGUUUCCUGUGAUUCUUCGCACUCCUCAGGACUAUCACUACCUCAGGUUAUGGCCUACAGGCUAUAGCUGAUGCUGACUUUCAGAUGCCUGCAAACAUAAUAAAUGACAUCCAAACAUCGGGACAAUUCCCUCAAUAUGGUCUUCUCUAGGAUGAAACAGAGAUCACCGACUGUACCAGAAACUUGGGUUUUCACCCACGCAACAAUGGAUUGCUCUCUUCUGUAUUUCACCAGUUGAAUUUUAAGACGUGGGGAGGCAUUUUACCAAUAGAAUUUGGAUACGAUGAUAGAAAAUCUACAAUAAAGAAUCUCAAACCACUUAUGCAGUAACCCAUUAAAUGACUAAUAUUAUAAACCAUGGGAGACACACACAGAAAGUACUGCACAACCUAACUUGAAAAAGAACACAAAAAUAUGAUUAACCUGAAGAAAGGAGAAUCCUAAGAGUCAAAAGCCCUUUUUAUUCAGCUUGAAAAUUUUCUAUUGGCCCAUAACAAACUGUCCCAGUUUGAUAUAAGGAAAUAUGAUCUACUGCAUUCCCUUAUAAUGAAGUGAUCUGACUACAACCUAUGUAAGCAAUAGUAAAACUGUAUUAUCAGGAACUCAGGAGAAUGACUAAAAGUCCUGGUGCUGAAACAUACUAUCUAAAUUAAAAUUGGCAAGGGAAGUUAUCAGUAAGGGAGAUUUGCAGUCUUCAUUCUGCAUGGUACAUUUCAUAUGCAAGUUAGAACAUGCAUGGUUCACUUGUUUUGGAAGAAGGGAAAGUGUGUUCUGGAGAGGAUCAAUUUAAGAAAUUUAUUAUGAACCUUCAGUGCAAUUAUACGCUGAGAUUAAAAAAGGUCAAGACAGGUAAUCAAUACGAAUUUCUUUUUCUUUGCCAAGCAUCACAGAUUGUAAGAUGUUUAACAAAAUUGUUACACAUUUCACUGUGCAGUUCAAACACUGUAUACACUUUAGCUAUCUCUUGGCUUAGCCAUACAUUGUAAAUGGGCAGGAAACUGUUAUAAACCUAGUAGGUUUAUCACUAAGUGAUUUCAACUUCAGUAUCUUAAACACUGUCUUAUAUUUUUCUUUUAUUAUCCAGAAUCUAUAAUGAAACAGUUCUGUUUUCAAACUAAUUUUUACCCAAUAUGCACCCAAUUAGAGCUUUUUGACUUUCAAAAAUAAAAAAGGGGGAAUACUUAUAUGUAUAUAUUCACAGUUUUUAUUUAUUAAAAAAAUGUACAGCACUUGUGAAAAGCCAGAAGACAUCAGACACACUCAUUUCUUACCAGCUUUGUUAAGUAUAGUGGGUCACCCAUGACACUUUGCCAGGCGAUACUCAAGCAAGCAGCCCUGAAACCAGACCCGGUCAGAUUGUCUUUCUCCCUCUUUUCUGAGAAAGCAUUUUGAUGAGCUACUGAUCUACAUAGUUUUCAAGUCACUCGAAUACUGAAAAAUAUUACAACAAACAUCUGGAUCUGCACCUUGGCUAUAUAAUCGUGCUUCCCCCCCUUUUCGCUAUUUCUUUUUUGUGAACACUGCCAAACAGGAGGUCACUUAAUUACUGUUAAUUAAAUCUAAGUGGAAAACCUCAAAUUUUUGAAACAGUCUGCUCGGAACCUAUAACUUUCAUUGAAUUUUCUUCUGUAUAUUUUUUGAGGUUGCCUAUCCCACUGGAUCUCAAAAUGAAGCAAAUAAACACAAAUGUAAAAAAUGAGAAGUCUUAAAAUCACAAUUAAGUCUUUCCCAAGAAAGAAAAUAUAAAAGUUAGCCAUUGGCCCCAACUUAUGAGGGAGUGAGAGGCAGGGUAGGGGAAGGCAUUGAGAAGAAAGAAGAUAAAAAUAAACAUAAAAAAUAAUACAUAUUGUUCAGUGCAGCUUUCAAGAUUUUAGAAUAUGGUAGGGAAAAUGGAGGUUAAGAUGUUCCAAUUUUUCACAAAGGUUUCAAAACAUUUUGGAAAUUCAAGGUUUUAGUGGAAAACUGUGUUGUACUAUUACCUCUAUUAAUUUUAACUGAGAAGCUAAUAUGACGCUCCACUCAGCUUUAUUUCUAGGUAAAAUCAUUGUUAGUAAUUACAUUGUUAGUAAUACUAAACUCCUAAACACAAACGGCCAAGCACCACUGCAGCCUGAUCCUAUAUUACCAUUCCUGGGCCCAUGGGUGAGCCAGAGAGCCACUGUUUCACAAAUGCAUAUUUAUUAUAACUUUAAGAGGAGCAAUCCCAUAUACUGAGUAGUCGCUCUUUAGCUUCACUAAAUAAGACACAGCAAGGGGAAAGACUUAUCUUGCAAAAUGGCUUUCAAGUUCAAAUUGAACUGUAGUAUAAUUAAUUACACUGUGGCACAGAAUCAGCUUUUGGGCACUUCUUGCUAAAACAGCACGAUGUUUCAACUUCUGACAAGACUCUUAGUAAAGCCUUGAGUACCAACCUAAGAUUUUUACUUUCCUCUAACCAGAGUUGAGUCUUUCCAGAAUAACAAAGGUACAUAUGAGGUACAACCCAUCACAGCUUCUUUCUUAUAUUCAUCUUGUAGGUAAGAGUUUCUCUUUUUAAAACUACAACUUUAUGACUUUUAAAAGAUAGUUAACAUUUUCUAUCAUGUUAAAUUAGCAACAUAAAACAUUACGCUGACUUUAUAAAGUUCUACUCCAGUUCCCUAGAAUUUAUAUACAUGUUUUUAUUUCUAAUCUGCAAGAAAAAAAUUCCUAUUUGAUAUUUGGUAACAGAGCAUUAAAAGAUACUAUACACAUGUGGCAUAUAUAUAUUUACAAAAUACACUUCAAAAAGAAGCCAACACACUUUAGCAAAAGUCUAAGCUUGCAUAGAUUAAAAAAAAAGAAUUAUGAAUACAAUUUUUGUUAAAAUAGAAAAUGGGGAAUAGAAUGGAUAUGAAGAGUGAUCUUUUCCAAACUUUUAUUUGUGCACAUUCAAUUGAAAAAGAUAACUUUUACAGGUUCUUUGGUGCCCAUAUUCAGCAUACAAAAAUGUAAAAGACUAUUCACAAAUAAAACACAUCAGCUCAAACUGGAAAAAAAUAAUGACAACAACAAAACACUUUAAGGUAGUGCACACUGUGACAGCUCUGCUCGUGGGGACAUGAAAUUACUGCGAAAAUAAAUAGAAUGUCCUUUUGUAAAAGCAGCAAUGUCAUGUCUUGUAAACUUCCUUUUUAUAUUACAGCAAGGUUUGAAAUAAAAUCCAAAGGGACUGGAGCUUACACUGUAGCCGUGAAUGAAUAAAAGAGUCUAUUUCCUCAA